AUGAGUAGCAUAUUGGGUUCUAAAGACGAAAAAUUAGCUUAUCUAAAGACAGAGAUCGAAUCUGUGGGUUCAAGAAGAGAGGCAGAAGAUUUAGCCACAGAUUUUCAGCUAUAUAAUGAGGCUCUAGAAAUUGACACCGAUAAAAGCUCUGAAUCAAAAGUUCUAUUCAAAAUAGACCUUGUUUUAAUACCUAUUAUGUGUCUUAUGUAUACAAUGCAGCUGUUAGACAAAGGAUCUUUAAAUUAUGCUGCUGCUUAUACAUUGGAAGAAGAUUUGAAUUUAAUUGGACAGAGAUAUUCGUGGGUGGCUGCUAUAUUUAAUUUCGGAUACUUAUUUUGGGCAAUUCCAUCAAAUUACAUUAUUCAAAAAGUCCCUGUCGCCAAGUACACUGGCUGCACAUUGAUAAUCUGGUCAAUAAUUCUUAUUGCUCAUGUUGGUGCCAAAAAUUAUGGUGGAUUACUCGUACUAAGGUUUAUAUUAGGGAUGUUUGAAGCCGGUAUUUCACCAUCGUGUAUGAUGAUAUGUUCUCUCUUUUAUACGAGGCUGGAACAACCUUUAAGAAUAUGCUUGUUUUUAAGUUGUAAUGGGGUGGCAGCGAUGGUAGGAGGUCUUUUGGGAUAUGGCCUUGGUCAUGUCCAGAAUUCGCAUCUUAAAACUUGGCAGCUUAUCUUUCUUGUUUUUGGCUUUAUGAACCUUGCAGUUGGAAUUAUUGUAUUAGUAUUUUUACCUGAUUCACCUCGAAAUGCCCGAUUUUUAAACCUGGACGAAAGAGCGAUUGCAAUUGAAAGGGUAGCUAGGAAUAAUAUGGGUAUCAAGGAUAAGGAAUUCAAAAAAGCACAACUUAAAGAAAGUAUUUCUGAUGUUGCUGUUUGGCUAUUAUCUCUAGGGGGAUUCGCAUGUGGUGUAAUCAAUGGAGGCACUUCAAAUUUUGCUUCCGCUCUCUUCAAAGGCUUUGGGUUUUCUGGGAUCUAUGCUACUUUACUUCAAUUGCCUACUGGUGCUUUAGAAUUGGGCGUCGUUCUUGCUGCUGGAGUAAUUGCUUUAACCGUAAAGAAUACACGCUGCUUGAUGUACGUGUUGACUUGUAUUCCAGGAUUUGCUGGGUUAAUUAUUAUUCAUACGAUUCCUUUGAAAGAUAAAUGGACUUUGGUAGGAGGAACAUGGUUGCAGUUUAUAAUUGGUGGCCCCAUUGUCCUCUCUUGGGUUCUCUUAAGUGCUAAUAUUGCCGGCCAUACUAAGAGAACUAUUGCGAACGGUGUUUGGUUUACUUUCUAUGCUGCGGGAAAUAUAACGGGCCCUAAUUUAUUCUACACUUACGAGGCCCCAAAAUAUUAUAAAGCUAUUAUAGCCUUGAUGACGUGCUAUUCUGGACUUAUGUUAAUAGGUAUUGUAUACGCCGCAUUAUUGUGGUCUAGAAAUAACAAAAAAGAUAAAGAGUAUGGUGAGUUGACACCAGAAGCUGCAAAACAAGCUAUAAUUGAUGGGUUCAAAGAUUUAACAGAUAAAGAAAACAAAGGUUUUAGAUACCUACUUUAG